GAUAAGUGUGGUGAAGAAAGUCUCGAAGACGAUGUGAAUUAUAAAAUAAUGAAGUCAAAAUUGUUGUGAACUGGUGAAGGGAAUUAUCUAAGAAAGUAAUGAUGCGGGUUCUCUGAUGUAGUCUGGAAAUGAGGGAGGCUGUGAACUGACAUGCGCAUUGCUGAUCUGUGCCUGCGCGCGAAAUCGAAAUUUCGUUGUUGUGAUAAAACAAACUUUCCUGUCUCAUUGUUUUACGCCUUCGAUCGUCGUUAAAUGAUCAUUUAUGCGAAGGAUACUACUUAAAGGACGGAGCGAUGAGUGAUUGUGCCGCUUUAGCCCGUGCUUUACAGCGCGUAGGGUUUCCAAAUGCAAGUGUGGAAAGCCUUGAAUGGUUAUUCGAGCAAAGGUCUUGUCUUUCUUUUCUCGACUGGCUUUGCGAUAAUAUUCAGCCAGAAAACAUUAUCACAGACGACGAAAUAGAGAGCUAUACCGAUCUUUUAAAUGCAGGGGAGGGAAUACUCGAGGGUGAUAAACUAGAGGAAGCUGUCUCAAAUGCACAGGGGUACCAGGACGAAAUUCCCAAUGAAACCUUACAAAAUGAGAUAGAGUCAGCCUCAAAGACAGUUGAGUCCAUGAAUAAGAGAUUGCAUAAGCUAGUACACCAGAGAAACAAGCUAAGUAUUCAUCAGACCAAAGCCUCUCAUCAACUGAGUAAAAUCAACCCUGUUGAAAAAGAAUCCAAACAAAAAUACAAGAAGUGUUUAGAGGCCUGCCAGACAGAGAGCAAACAGAUUGAUCUUGCCAUAGGAAAACUUUUAAAGACUGUGUCAGAUUUGACAGGCCUUCACACAGAACAAAAAGAGGAUAAACAGAAAGCAUUCUUAUCUCAACUUAGCAGUGGAGAUUUCUAUGAUUCAGAGGAGAGGUUUACUAGUGAGCUCACCUCUUAUACAAGGAAGCAAUUUUUUGAGGGGUUUGCAGACAUGGCAGGAAGAGGAGAUGAAAACCGUUAUGAGCUUCUAGAGAUCAGUGAUCCAACUGCCCUUCUAAUAAGAGGGGAGUCAGAGGAAGUCAUCUUAAAUGACUGCAAGGAGCUCUCAAGACUGCAGAAAGUCUAUAGCAGGAGUGAACAGAAAAGGAUCAGUGCUGAGGCUGCAGCAUGUGGGGUGAUGGCAGCUGUCAAGCUAGCAGAAGAGAAGAACGAGGCCAUGCUUCGGCACCACCAUGUGGCUGAUGCUGACACCCUCAGCCACUUGAAUGACGGGCAGUCCUUCCUUGCACGCAUCCAAGCACAAGUCUCCCAGCUCAACGACCAGAUCAUGUCAGAUGUGAUCCAGGAGCUAGCCCAUCUUCAGGCCACCAAGAUACUACGAGGGGACUACCACUUGAAGAUAGCACGUCAGGAUUACUUCACGUCUAAACAGGACCAGGUGAUAAACCAGCUGCUGAUGCAACGAUCACGUUAUGAAUUCUUACUGAUGGCUCUAGAAAUAGAGCGACACAAGCACCGCGAUGCCCAUCGACUCUUCAGCGCAUCGGAAACCGGUCUACAAAAUAGCGCCAAGGGAGUACAAACAAGAACUAGCAAAAUGUCUGACCCAGUCUUCCAGCGCCCAGACCCCACGCGAGGCACGCUAGACAGCAGGGAUGAGUUCCUGGGACGACUCUACGAGCUUCUGGACCCUUCGGACCCCGAUGGGCCCUUGAGGACCCGCGAGGACACUCCAGGGACGCUAUUCCACACGUACUCACAGCUCCUUGAAUGGACCACCGAGCUGGUGAAUAGCGCGGAUGCGCUGAAGUCCUCGUUAUCAGCGGUCAGCGGACAACAGGAAGAUGUCUUGCGCCAAAUGGAGCAGAAUCUUGAAAAGUGCCAAAAGCUCGCAUAUGGCCGUGCCACGACAGAGGGAGGGCCCCCGCAACUUAGCCCACAGCGGCUAGCUGAUGGACUGGUGCAACUGAGUGAUGUUGUCACGUCUUUGGAGCAGUCAAUCAAGGAUGUCAUCAGGGACGUAGAGAGCAAGAAAAAGAUUCUGCGAUCUGAUUCCCUGAAGGCGAUGGAGAGAGACUUGUUUGUGUGCUUCUUUACCGAUCCCUCAAGACUUCGCCGAGCAGUUGCCGAGCUCGCGGCGAGAGUAGAUGCUCAGAUUGUAUCUGGUCGAUAACUCACGACACUUAUUCGAUCCUACAAAACUCCGCCGAACGAUUGCAAAACUUAAAUGGUAAAUGGUAAAGGUAGAUGGGAAGAUUGUUUGUGGUCGAAAACCCGGUAAAACAUAAUUAACAUGUUUUUCAAAAUGUACAGUAACCAGGGCUACUUAUUAUGCCAGUAAGCAUUUCGAAAAAUGUAUCAUUGUCGGUUUUCAACAACUAAACUAUUUUGUCGUUUCUUUGCAAUGAAAACAGAACAGGAUCGUCAAGUAUACACAUAGAAUCACAGUUACUUAACAUCAGUCUGUCGUGUCUUUUGCUAAAUAAACACAUAUUUUUUUGCGA